GAAACUCUCAAUCAUAUCUUUAGAGAGUGUUAUUUUGCUAAAUUGUUGUGGUCUCUUCUUACUCCUCAUCCUAUUAACAAUCUUUUUCAUGAUCUUGAUUUUGAUGGCUGGCUCUUUGCUCAUUCUAAUCAAUCAAAAGUUUUUGAUUGUGGGGGAUGGAGUACUUCCUUCUCGUACAUCAUUUGGUCGCUUUGGUAUUUUCAAAUCUUUUGGUUCAUGAAAAGAAGAAUGUCUCGUUGGUUAUGGCAAGGGAUUUCAUCUUGUUAAAAAUCAAUGAGUAUAAGCAGCUUCAUCCGGUUUCGUUAAGUGCUAAAACGGUUUCUACUGUCUUUGUUGGUUGGAACCCUCCCCCUCCUGGUGUUGUGAAGUUGAACACUGAUGGUUCAGCUGUGACAAACCCAGGAAAUGCUGGUGCUGGAGGAAUUUUCAGAGAUGAUCUUGGUAACUGGCUGUUGGGAUUCUACAGGAAUAUUGGAUAUACAUCCAGCCUUUCGGCUGAGCUAUGGGCAUUAAGAGACGGCCUUAAACUAGCCGUGGACAAGGGAUUUUCCCAACUCAUUGUUGAAACUGAUUCUAUGGUUGCAAAAACACUAAUUGAUUCUGCCCAUUCUGAUUCUCACUCACUGGGGGUUUUAAUUGAUGAUUGCAGGGCUAUGAUGUCCCAAGUCCCCAGCAUCCAGUUUAGACAUGUGUUCAGAGAAGCCAACAAUGUUGCUGACUAGUUGGCUAAGAAGGGUACAAAGUCGGACUCUCCGUUUGUUGUGCUGAAUCAAUGUCCCUCCGGUCUUUGUAAUCUUUUGUAUUCGGAUAUUAUUGGGAUUAUGACUCCUAGGACUUCUGUACUU